AUGGCGCCUCCACCAGUAACCAUCUAUGUGACGAGUCUGACUUCAGCUCCUAAAGUGAGGAAACAUACUGAUCUGCUUCGAAGAUCAUUGAACGGUCUCGAGAUACCCUAUGAAGAAUUCGAUCUUGUAAUGGACGAAGAAGCCAAAAAGAAAUGGCAAAGAUCAAAACCUCCAGGAGUCGUAGUUGGUUUACCUGGAUAUUUGGUAGGAGGUGAAUGGGUAGGAACGAUGGAAGAGUUUGAAGAUGCAGUGGAAACUCAAACACUCGAAUCAUUCUUAAAACAAGAUAUCGAUCUAUCACGUUCCACCAAUACAAACCAAGCUGGUCAAGCAGGAGAGAAAGGAGAGAAUCUAGAUUCUUCUUUACCAAGUCAGAAAUCAAUACAAGAAGUCGAGUUAGAGAAAUUAAUGAGAGAAAUGACAGAUGACGAUUUAGAUAAAUUAAUGGGUGAAUUAGGUGUUGAAGAAGAUCUAAAUAUUGGUAAAAUCGGUUUGUUAUCUAAAUCCGAAGUCGAUGAGAAUCGAACAUCUCAAAUGCCUAAAGAUGAUAAUAGGAUUACUGAUGUUAAAGAAACGGAUAAAGGUUUAUUGCAGAAUUUGAAAUCUGAAUUGUCAUUAGAUGAAAGAGAAGAUAAGUUCCUUGAAAAUAUCAAACAAGAAGAUUCUUUUGUUCAACUUCACAACGAACGUUCAACAGAAACCCCAAACCCCACAGAGAAUGAGGAUACAGGAGGAGGUACAGCUCAACAUGGCCAACAGAAGGAGGACACAAACUCAAUCGUGCCUAAAGGAGGUUUAGGCCAAGGUGAAGGUGACAAUCUCACAGGUACAAAGGAUGAAAGUGAAAUUGUAAAGGAACUCAAAAAGGAAUUGCUGACUGAUCAAAGGGAAGAACACGAUAUCGAUGACAUAAUUACCAAGAAGAAAAUUGAUUAA